CCAAAUUGAUUCCCCGAUUUUUUGUUAGUAGCGACACUGCAGAAUCUGACCCGACGAAGAAGAAGAAGAAGGAUCAUAACAGAGCAGAGCUUCUUCAUCAUUUUCUUCUGUGUUUGAUGGAAUGUGUAGCUGAAAGAAAACUUCCGUUAUAAUUAUCUCUUUGAACUCACUAGCUUUAUUUAUUUGUUUGAUGUUUAAUAUUAGUUUGUUUGGGUAGCUUUGAAUGGCUAGUGCGGAGGAUGCAGAGGCAGCGAAAAAGUCCCAGAUAGUAGAUGUUCGGGCAAGAAACAUCAGUCACAAUGUGAGGUGCACGGAGUGUGGGAGUCAAUCCAUUGAAGAUUCUCAAGCAGACAUUGCCAUUCUCCUCAGGAGGUUAAUUCGUGAUGAAAUUCGGGCUGGAAAGUCUGACAAGGAGAUCUACAAAAAGCUUGAGAAUGAUUUUGGAGAGACUGUACUUUAUACACCUAAGUUUGAUAUGCAGACAGCAGCUUUGUGGUUAUCACCGCUCUUAGUUGCAGGCGCAACUGCUGGAGUAUGGGUUUACAAGAAGCAUAAGCAAAAGACUAAUGUUCAUGUCAUGGCUUUGAACCUUGUUAGAGGUGUUCCAUUGACCCCAGGAGAGAAGGAAACUAUGCUUGGUAUUCUUACACCACCUCCUUCACAGGGAGCUAGUACUUCUUUCUGGCAGAGAUGGCGAGGUCAAUGAUCCCAGUUACUAUGUCCUUUCAUGGCUCUUGUGGGCGACUCAGUCGUGGCUUCGAUGAACAGCAAAUGUAGUCAACUUGAAGAGAACCUUUGACAUGUAGUACAUGUUUGUAACUACAAGCUAGGUUUCACUUUGAUCUUAAUCCACAAAUUCCCAAGCCUAGUAUUUUAAUUUAAUUUGUCGAUGCCCAAGUUGGUUACAGAUACACAUGCUAAGAAUGAGUUGACUUUCUAAUAAUACAGAUUUCAUUGCUUAAUUUCCGUGCCAAUCCUUAAAUUCUGCUGUAUUUCAAAAUCCAUG